AUGAUAAGAUCAAAGAUUCCAACCAUAUCAAUUCCCAUUAGUCGAAUACAGUCUCAAGUAAACUUCCCGACCCUUAGAUUCAACUCAUCUAAACCCCCUUCAUCCUCCUCAUCAUCUUCAUCAGAUACCACCUCCCCCAAAACUGAAGAUGAUAGUAAUAAUGCUAUAGUACAGAGAUUCCAACAGAUCUUAGAUGAACAGUUAUCAUCAUCUUCAUCAUUCACAAGUACGACCUCCAACAAAUCAAUCAUGGAUUCAGAUCCUCAUUUAAAACAAUUAUACAAUAAAUACAAACAAGAAGACCAAAAUUCAGAUCAGAUAAUUCGUGCCAAAGCAUAUAUCAAAAGUGAACCACUCUUAAAACUGAAUAAACAUGCCCGAGAUAUAUUUGAAUCACAGCCUUGGAAGGGAAAAGAAUCCGAUUUCGAUGCUAGUUUAAGAAUGAUUAUUGAUCUGAAACCUAAAGCGAAAUCAACCCCUUCUAAACAAGGUAGAUCGAGAGGAUCACCCACGAUUAUUACUCCUCCUGUAUCAUUCCGAGAGAAAGUCCUCAAUGCUAAAGAAUCUAGUUUUGAUUAUAAGUUAAAGAAAGAACAACUAAAAGAUAAUAAAAGUCAAGAGAGUGAAGAUAAUUUCCGUGAAAUGUAUAAAGAACGAUUAUUAGGACCUACAAUGUUAAUAAAUACAAAUAAUCCUAGUACAACGAUUGAUUUGGUUAAUAGUUUAGCUAGUAAUAAGAUCAACGCCGCUAUAAAUCAAUCAACAGGGCAAUUUGAUUCACCCGAUAUGAUCCAUGUGAGAGGGAAACCAUUGGAUAUCCAACAUUUAAAGAAUUGCACCGAUUCGAAUUAUUUCAUGAAUCAAGUAUUGAAUAAUCAACAAGUCUUACCACCCUGGAUUGAAUCUCAACAAUCUCUCAAUGGAAUGAUUCAAUCGUUUAGGAAGGAUGUUGAUGAAUUAUGGUUCAAAUGGCUUGUUCAUCGAUCAAGUUUAACUCCAACCAUUGAAAAUCAAACUUCUACAGUGGAGAUUGUAUUAAAUUCAUUCCAAUAUAAACUUCUGAAUGGUCAAUUCCAAUAUAAUAAGGAUCUCUUAUUAACUUCGGAUUAUAAUUACUUACAAGAAAAGAUUAAAUUGAUAAAUACUAACAUUAGGAAUUAUAAUUUACAAAGUCCAUCUUCAAGCUUACAUAAAUUUAAAUUACUCCUCGAUACUGAAAUCAAACAAUCAUUUAAAAAUAACUUACAUACAUUCCCUCAGAAUUUCACAAUUUGGUUCGAAAAGCAUAAGUUAGCAAAAUCAAAUCAGAAAGUAACAUCAUCUUCUUCAGGUGGGAUGUUGAAUUUAUUCGGUAAUGAUGAUACCACAUAUGGAACAUCAUCAUCAGCAAAUUUAACUCCCUUGUAUAUAACCCGACCUGGAGUCGAUAAUAAAUUACAUUUAUGGAAAGCUAUUAAAGAUAUAUUUAAAUAA